UUUGGAAGUCCUACCUGUCCUCCCAUCUUUCGAAGAUCUGAAGGCCAAGCUAUUCCAACACGAAGCUAGUCGUGUUCAGCGACAGAAUUUGAUUCCUUCCAACAGUCACAAUGUACUGAUCACAGGGACACAUGCACUGCAAGGGAAUCGCACUCGUACUUGGACUCCUCAGGCAGGAAUGGGAAGAGGGAUUCUUCCAACACCACCGGGCAUGAAUACUACUUCUGCCACAUCUAGAAGGGUUUCGACUUGUUUCUAUUGCAACAAGAGGGGGCAUGUAAAGUCAGAAUGUUGGCACAAUCCGCAGAACAAAAAUAAUCAAGUUAAACGUGAGAACAAGGCAGCAGUAGGGUCAGCUUCAUCAUCAUCUGGCUCAAAUCAGACAUCUAAUGUUUCAGCAGACGUGCAACAGCUCCUCAUGACAGCCCUGUCUAAGCUUCAUUUGAAACAAAACGAGCAAGGAGAAUGGUAUGUGGACUCUGGAGCAGCAGCUCAUGUUACUGGUGACGCAGGAUGCUCGAACCAAGAAGACAUUCGCUGAGGGCACUCGCAAAGGAGAUAUGUAUGUCCUUGAAGAAGCUCCAUAGAUGUCAAAACCUCACCCUUCCGAUUCAUGUUUUCCAAGUCAUAGUGAAG